AUUUCUUUUCAAAUAAAUCAUCAAAACACAUUUUAUUGCUGCGGGCCUUGGGGGAAGAUUCGUCCGGAGGAAUUUUUUUUUCAUGUCCAUACUCCUGCCGACGGAUUAAAAUUUGUCAAUCUUCCUUCCAUUUCCCGGACCGAAAUUAUCAAAUUGCCGCCAUAUUUACGAGGCUCUUCAGGUCGCAGGGUCGAAUCUCGCUCUUCAGAGUACAAAAGUUAUAAGAAACUACAAUGGGGCGAUGGAAACGCCUGGGAGAAUUAGGAUUAGCUGGGAUUCGAACCGGCUCGCCGAAUAGAAGCAGCAGUAGCCGUCAUUUGACUGAAAUUUACUACCGUCGUCUGUAUUCUACAAAGCUUUCUGCAUUUAAUCCUGUAAAUAGUUAUUGUUUGCCGUCCAGGUUAAAUUGCCUGAAUUUGAGAACGCUUGCGCAGUUUGGAGUUUUAGGAGAAUGUAAGCGAGAUUUCAAGCUCACCGCAGAUUUGCAUCCUGAAAAUGGGCCGAACGGGCCACCGGCUGUGCCGGUUGAAAAGCCACCAAACCCGCCGUUUCUUCCGAAUACGAAUCUGGUGCGCGCGCGUCCUGCUACCGGCGGGACGGGCGGAGGCGGUGCGGGGAAGGAAAGUUGGGGUGGUUCGACUCUUGGCAAGGCUUUGCCUACACCAAGAGAAAUUUGCGAGGCCCUUGACAAGUUUGUGAUUGGCCAGGAGCGUGCAAAAAAGGUGCUAGCAGUUGCAGUGCAUAAUCACUACAAACGGAUAUAUUAUGAGUCAAUAAAGAGAGAGAAUUUUGUGGAUAUAUUAACUGAAGGGCCUAGCAUGUCCCGUAAACAGGAGGAAACUGAUGAUGGUGAUAACGUGGAGCUGGAGAAAAGCAAUGUUCUUAUAAUGGGUCCUACUGGCUGUGGUAAGACACUGCUUGCAAAAACUUUGGCCAGAUUUGUUAAUGUGCCCUUUGUGAUUGCUGAUGCAACAACCUUGACACAGGCAGGGUAUGUAGGAGAAGACGUGGAGUCUAUUUUGUAUAAGCUUCUCAUGGCUGCUGAGUUCAAUGUUGCAGCAGCUCAAGAAGGCAUUGUGUAUAUUGAUGAAAUUGAUAAGAUCACAAAGAAGGCAGAAAGCUUGAAUAUUAGUAGGGAUGUGUCUGGAGAGGGUGUUCAGCAAGCAUUGUUAAAAAUGCUAGAAGGAACGGUUGUAAAUGUCCCUGAGAAGGGGGCUCGUAAGAAUCCUCGUGCUGAUCAGAUUCAGAUAGAUACAAAAGAUAUUCUCUUCGUUUGUGGCGGGGCAUUUGUGGACCUAGAAAAAACUAUUGCAGAAAGACGGCAAGUUUCUUCUAUUGGCUUUGGAGCACCUGUACGUACAAACAUUAGAUCCAGUGGCCUGACCAAUACAGCAGUUACAUCAUCUUUACUGGAGUUGGCAGAGAGUAGUGACUUAGUUGCUUAUGGUUUGAUACCGGAGUUUGUCGGUCGGUUUCCUGUACUUGUCAGCCUGUCAGCUCUAAAUGAGGACCAACUUGUUAAGGUUCUUAUGGAGCCUAGAAAUGCACUUGGCAAACAGUACAGGAAGCUGUUUUCUAUGAAUAAUGUCAAGCUACACUUUACAGAAGGAGCAUUGCGACAGAUUGCACGGAAAGCAAUGGAUAAGAAUACUGGAGCCCGUGGUUUACGUUCUAUCCUUGAAAACCUUUUGACUGAGGCAAUGUUUGAGAUACCUGAAACGACAGCUGGACACAAUAGAAUAGAUGCUGUUGUUGUUGAUGAAGAAGCUGUAUUAUCUGUAAAUUCAAAGGGGCCAACAGCCAAAAUCCUUCGUGGCGAGGGUUCAUUGGAGCAAUAUCUUCUAGAACAAGAGCGAAUUCAUUCUUUGGUUGCCCCAAAUGUGCCUGAGGACAGAGAACCAGAGUUGGAGCUUACUGCUAGUGCGGCAUAGAUGCAAAUGUUAAGAAGCUGAUUGCUCAUGAAGAUAGAUGAAAAGAAUUGUGUAUUGUACAACUCAAAAGGUGUAAUUUAUGCUUUGUUAUGAAUAAUCACCAUUUGUCAUAUAUGCUAUUAUCGGCUGUGAAGAAAAAUCUCAUUGGGUUGGGAGGAAACAUCUUACCACAUCCUUGUUGUAACCAUGAAAACGAAUAUGAUAGUUGCAUUAAAGUUCUAAAUCUGGGAUGCUCACCUUCUCAAAUUGAGCAUUCUAUCCCUUGUAUAUCUAACAUGAGCGGAACAUUGCUUUCUACAAUUGAUGAUCAACAUAAUAUUUUAUGUCA